AUGGAGUUCAGAAAGGUUGCACUAUUCGGCGCGAAUGGUAAUAUAGGAAACGCCAUCCUGCAUGCAUUAAUGGCUUGCAAGGAGAGGUCUUUCGAUAUUCUCUGCAUUAUAUCACCUAAAUCCGAACUGAAGUACUUCGGAGACCGAAGAGCAAUUAUGGUCAGGAAACUAGAUCUUGCAACUGCCACCGAAGAAGAGAUAGCAAAAGUCUUAGAUGGAAUAGAUGUGGUGCUGAAUGCGCUGGGUGGGACUAUCCUUCGACGGCAGCAGUGUAUUCAAAACGCCGCGGCCAUGGCCGGGGUCAAGCGCUUUUACCCAAGCGAGUUUGGCAUGCACCACAUUCCUGUGUUGCCCGGGCACGGACCAUUCCUCCACCCUUUAUGGGCCGAGAAAAUACCGCUCCUUCGGGAGGCUAUGCAGCAUCCGGCGGUCAAGUCAGGCAAGAUGACAUAUACAGUGAUAGGGUGCGGUGAACUGUAUGAUCCUCCUACUGAGACAACGCUGUGUCCCUGGCUGCGGACCGAUCCGGAUGAGUACGUAAUCCAUGUUGUCGGUGAUCCUGAUGCGCGUCUGGAUUUCGUCUCCCGCCAUGAUGUGGCCGCAUUUGUGGUAUCGUCUCUGUGUCAUCCGGAGGCCUCAGAGAAUCAAGUCUUCGGCUUCCGUGGUGACCACAUCAGCUUUUCUGAGGUUGCGGAUCUCCUCCGAAGCCACUCCGGUAAGCCGGUGAGGCUGAAUGUUAUACCAUUCGAGGACGCUGUGCAAGGGGUGAAAAAUCCAUCGAGCAUUCCGAAGGAGUUAAAGGAAGGGUCCGCGUUUCCACCCGACUUUUUGAUGCUGCUCCGAUACAUCGAGGGGAGGGGAGACUUUUUUCGCCCACCGGGUCAAUUUCAUGAUGGGCUCUUUCCGAACUCUCAGGGUGUUCCAAUUGCUAAAUACUUUGAAAGUUUAUUCGCUAGUGAUGUCUAA